CCCAAGAUGGCCACGUUGGAUCAAUGAAACGCGAGUAAUCGUAGUGAAAACACAAAUUGACAAGUGUGCGGGCGAACAUCGCGGCUCGAUCGCGGUUGGUAAAUGGACCAUGGGCAAGGACCAGGAGCUGCUCGAGGCAGCGAGGAGCGGCAACGUCACCGUAGUCGAGAAGAUCCUCGGCCAGCGAGCCAAGAGGAGUGGUCCACUGGCAAGUUUACGUCGGGGACCAGGUGCUAAUGUGCAAGACGCCAGUGGAUAUUCAGCUCUUCAUCAUGCAGCUCUGAAUGGGCAUAGAGAUGUAGUCAGAUUGCUACUCCAAUACGAGGCUUCCACUAAUGUUGUCGACGCUAAGGGUUCCUCGCCGCUUCAUUUGGCAGCUUGGGCUGGGGACGCGGAAAUUGUACGAUUAAUUCUCAAUCAAGGUCCAUCAGUACCAAACGUGAACCUUGCGACAAAGGAUAACGAAACUGCAUUGCAUUGUGCCGCACAGUAUGGGCACACGGAAGUGGUGGCACAGCUGUUGCAAUACGGAUGCGACCCUAGUAUCCGCAACAGCCGCGGAGAAUCCGCGCUCGACCUCGCCGCGCAAUAUGGCAGAUUGGAAACUGUGGAGUUACUUGUGCGAACGCAUCCUGAAUUAAUCGAAUCACUUCGUAAUUCUUCCUCAUCUCUGAUCUUCCCGCAUACACCAUUGCAUUUAGCUUCACGCAAUGGCCACAGAGCGGUCGUGGAGGUCCUCCUUGCCGCUGGAGUUGACGUCAAUACGAGAACGUCAGCGGGCACCGCGAUGCACGAGGCCGCUCUCUGUGGUAAGAUGGAAGUGGUACGGGCGCUUUUAGAUCGCGGAGUGGAUUUGGGCAUUAGGGAUUCCCGGCAAAACACGGUGCUUGAUCUUCUGGGACAGUUUCCGCCGCACGUCACUCAAGAUAUCACAGCGGUGAUAAAAAGGCAUCGGUCUUCCUCCGGUGUGGAAAGCGAUGACAGUGAGAACUUACCGCCCAUUCCAGUGCAGGGUGGCGACUCGUUGGGCAGCCCUUACGAAAAUGUUCGUCCGGAGGAUGAUCUCUCCCCCGCGGAAGGGACGUCGCCUACUCAAUGGCAGUUCUAUCAUAAGCCUCGGGAUGACGAUCGUCGCGUUUCCGGCACAUCCGUCAUGUCCCUUGAAGACGAGCAGAACGAGGAACUGUUGAACGGAGUACGGAGGGCCCUCCAGCUGACAGAGGACUCCGACCCCAGUUCCAUCUUCGACAGCGUCUUUAUGUCCCUAUCCGACACUCUCAACUCAAUAAAUACUCUCGAAAGUUCCGACCAAACUCCUGAAGAUAUACCACAAAACACUAGCAAAAGAACACCAUUACCACUCGACACUACACGGGGCUCCGACAGCGGACUGUACCAAACUCCACCCGUGCCACGCGGCACAAUGGAGGGUAGCUUCGUGUCGGAGGACCUGUCCUUGACAUUGCCCACGGGAUACGGGGGCGGCAGAGAGUCCGACCAAUUGAGCGUGUCAUCAUCUUCGAGCGUUGGCGGACCGAGCCCACGGGACCGUCGUUGUUUGCCCAACGAUUCCAACGCUGCCGGGAUUUACUUGCCAAUGGCACCCCUGUCCAGCUCGCUACACAGCCCCGCUUCUAACAAUAAAGUCUCGCCGACACCGCCCAAGAAGCCGCCUAGACGAAAUCUCUCGGUAUCCCCGACGCACCUGCAAACGCAGAUGUCUUUAUCGGCCGACAGUUCGGUAGGCCCGAGCAAUUACGAGUAUUUGUUCUUGGCGCGUAGCGGUGCGCGAAGUCACAUCGAUCUUGAGCAGCUACAGAAACGGCGCGAACAGCUGCGACACGUGACGCGAAGCGUGGAUCAGUACGUAGAGAUGAAGUCGCGGCUGGUCGGCAAUGACGAGAAACGCGAGUCCAACGUGGAGCCGGUAGCCAUAACGUCCAUCUACGAGAAUCGACCGGUCAAGAUGUUAAAUCCGCGGAGAAAAUUACGCAGACACGCGUACGAGAACUACGAGUCGGAGAACAGCCUGUACGCCGACAAGUCACCCUGCAGCGACGGCGACGUGAUACAGGAGCAAACGUUUGUAUCGAGCGCGUUUCUUACCCUGAGGUCUUCCCAGGAGAGUCUCCUCGAUGAGAGGCGUGAAAUGGCGGACGGACAGUCCGCGUCGGAGGGACGCGAGGCAACCGACAAACGUCUCAAACGCGUGCAAAUGAUGCUGCCAACCAGCCCUACGCAUUACAUACAGCCGCCUACCCCUGAUCAUCCGCCGCCGUCUGCCAUGCAAGCGGAAAAGUCCAUCCACGAGCGCAUUCGACCGCUCAGCCAGGUGUACAAGCGAAGGUCCCGCGACAUGGAAACGGAAACGGACGAAGAUCUGCUGCAAUUUCCCACCGGUGGAUCACUCAACGCGUCAAGCGGUUCGCUGUCCAGCGUUUCGCUGUCCGACAAGAGCAUGUCCACGGACAAUGUCGAGGAAUACUUCGGCGACGUGCCGUUUGCAGGUUUGUUAAAGGGCUCCGUCACGGCUGAACGGCCGCGUACUUUGCGCCGUUUGCGAAACGUCUAUGGUCAAAUGGGUUCCGGCAGUGACGGCGGGGGUGGUGAUCGUCUCGAGGACGGCGAGGUCGCCUUUCGGCUUACCGGCGAUCGUGAUCGCGACAGGGAUGAGAAGUCUCUCAGCAUAAUGAGCCCUUUCGACGAACAGGAGGAAUGGGCGAAGAUCUCCGAGAUCAUGGCGUCAUUCGGAACUGGUCUUGUACGAGAAUCGGUGUUCGUCAGCGAGCUCGAGAAAGAAUUCCAAACGAGGCUAGGUUUAAGUUCAGACAGUGGCAGCCCUGUCGUUUCUACAACUGUGGGUCAAUGGCUGUCCAGCUUAGGUUUGUCGGAUUACGAGUCUCUUUUUGUUAAUUACGGCUACGACGAUCUCGAGUUCAUAAACGGGGUGUUAGACGAGUCGGAUUUGUGCGAGAUGGGGAUCAGCAGCGAUCAAGAACGAGCUGUGAUCAUGGAUGCGGUUGGUUUGCUGAACAAACGAGUGGAAAAGCGUAGCGGCGGUCACGGACAAUCGGUGGAGGAGUGGCUGAAGAGCAUUCACAUGGAAAAUUAUGCGGAGACAUUCAGGAAGCACCUGUACACCGACAUGGAUCGGGUCAAACGGAUCUGGGAGGUCGAGCUGGCGGCAGUUCUCGAGAUUCAGAAGCCGGCGCAUCGCAAACGCAUCCUUGCGUCCGUGAGUGGUCCGAAUAGUGCACGCGCGCAAACUCGAAACGGCACGGGAGCGAACUUGGAAGACUUGAACAAGGAUCUCAACACACUGAAGACGAACAUACAGCAGCUGAAGGAGGAGAUACGGGAGAAAUUGCCGGAAGCAAGCACGGCGGAGGGUAACGGAGGUACGUCGAUAACCAGUGGCACGAAUUCGGCGGCCACGGGCACAUUAAGGCACCGCAAAAACAGACCGGCGCCUCAACCACCCCAACGACCCAGUUCGCAUAAUGGAGCGAUUUCGGCCCCGGAACAGCUCGAGAUCAGGGCUCCGUCCGAGCUGCUCUUCGGAGUGCCCUCUACUCUCAAGACGCAAUGGAGGCAUCAGCCUAAGGCCCUGGUUACCGGCUGCGUCACGUACAUCGCUAACUAUCUGGGCUCCACUGUCGUCAAGGAAUUACGCGGCACCGAGUCGACGAAAAAGUCGAUACAGAAGCUGAAGAAGACCUUUCGAGAACCUAGAAUCACCCCUGACAUUAUGCUGGCCAUCUCUUAUCGUGGCGUUCGUUUUCUCAACACGUUAACUAAUGAACCAAUUUGCGAGCAUGAGAUCCGUAACAUUCAUUGCGCCUGCCAAGAUGCCGACGAUCUUACUCACUUUGCGUAUAUCACGAAGGACCACGCCAGUCGCACGCACUUUUGUCACGUAUUUUGCGUGCCAACAAUGGAUCAAGCGACGGAGGUCAUUCUGACUCUGGGUCAGGCUUUCGAGGUAGCUUAUCAAAUGGCAUUGAAGGACAAGCUCGGUGGUCAUGCUAUUCGGUCCCAAUCCGCCAAUCAACUAGCAACGCUCGCUGGAUCGUCAAAGUCAACGACGCCCGCCAAAAUGUCCGUGUCCCCCGAUUCCGCGUCCGAGUUCGCUAGUCGUGAUGCGGAUUAUACCACGACUCUCAAUUCCACGUCGUGCGCGAAUCCCAAGAUGAAAUCGAGAUCAAAGUCCAUACCCAAUCCAAAUCUCCAUACCGUUAAUCCAAAUCCGACGCAGGACAGCAACUCCAACUCCAGUUCCAGCUCAACGACGACCACCGCGAACUGCAAUCCCAGCUCGAAUUCCGCCUCGAGCCCCAGCGCGAACUCGAUCACCAGCUCUAACUUGAACAGCACCACUAAUCAGACCACUAAGCCUUUGGUCACCCACGGCCGCUCUCAUUCCGUCAACGACAUCAAGGUAAACGGUAAUCAAUUGAAGUUAGCACCAGCGCCGGUGGACGAUAUCGGUGUCGGGGUGAAAGAUAUGAAACCCGGUUCCAGAGCUCCGAUCGCACUCUCCGAGGAGCUAUAAACUGUAUUUCGAGUUGAAAUACAUGAUAACGCGGUACACGUGAACGCGCGUACGCGUUUGAUCUGACGAAAACGCGUCGCAUUGGCAACGACACAAAUGACGCAAGUCUGGCACCAUAGAAAUGAUGUCGUAACGAUUUUCCAAUCAUUCAAUUUAGAAACAUAUUUAAUGGCAUUUACAAUGAACGCGGGAUGGCAAUAUUUCCGUAUUACUCGCGAAGUUUGCAUGAAAGAUUAAGCGAAGCAUCAUACAUGUACAUGUAGAUACGCGUCUCUCACGAUUUUGAGAUUAAUAACCGAUCGCAAAAAUUCGAGAGCGACAUUCCGUCGCUCGAAUAGCGGUAUUAAUCGGGAUUGCGCUAUUAUUGUAACUAGUAUAGUUCCUUGACGCGUAAGAAGGAAUGAAUGUCUUUUAUUAACUCUUUUUAUGCGACUGGAUUUGGUCAUUUCGCCAAUGGCGUACAUUUUGGGGUCGCCCUCGUAUAUAUACAUUCACCGCCGGAAGGCAGGAGCUUUUAUGAGAUUCAGCUGUGGGAUAAUAUAUGGGAAUAACGAAUGAUAUAUACAUGGCCUCAAGAACGACGAAGGUAAGUAACAUCGUCGUUCCCCGCGAUGUUCUGCAUCUUUAAAUCAGACAUUUGACAAUUAUGCUGUGAUUAUGAUCUUGAAUGCCAUGCAAGGUACGCGUUAGCCAAGGUGAUUCGUCAAGACGAGUAAAUGAUCGUUUACUGCGCGCACUUCCGGCGGACAAUGAAAAGCAUUACAUUUUUCUUCCUUAAAACGCGUCGUUAAAGUAAGCAGUAUUAUUAUGUCGAUUACCAUUAACGAUAACAGGAGUGGGCAUAAAAUACGCUCGUCGCGAUAUUAUUUAGCGAGGCGUAAAAUCGCUACAAUAAUAAUGUUGGAUGUGCAAUUCUCAAUGUGCAGCUUUAAUCUGUCGCGAAUAAGCUCGGCGGUUUCGAUUUUCGCCCGAAAUCGGGAGCCUUUAUUUGUCUUGAAAAUGCUGUUUGUGGCACAGAACGCGUUGAUAUUCGCCAUUGGAUCACGGAAAAGGAAAGGGCACGAAGGAAAAGGUGCGACGCGCUAAUAAGUGCACCAAUGCUCAAUAUCGAUCCCUCGUUAAACGGUGACCAACGAAUCCGUUCCGUGUUCUACCCUUGCCCCGUGCUCUCUUCGUGAUUUCUCAUUCCCAAUACCCAAGUUCCGAUUUCGAGUUGCCACCGUUUCCUCGACGUUUUAUUCUCCAAGACUGAAAGUCCUUAUCUCGUUUUAUAUUUCGCGAUUUUUAUGUAACGUAUAAUAUAGAAGGAAAAAAAAACACUAGAUUGAAAGAGAGACGAAUUUUAAUAUAUUUACCCGGCGAAAAUUUCGCGGACAGAAAAUAUAUGCAAAACAUAGCAUCGAAUAUUUAUCGAAUUUUGUCUGAUACUUGAGUGCUAUCUGUUGAGAAGCAGGAAAAACAUUCGACGCUUUCAUAAAAAAAAAGUGUCACGAGAUUUAGAGUCGCAAUUCAGAAUACCCACAAUACAUCACCUCUAAUUAAGAAGCACUGUUAAGUGACUUUCUCUUCUAUGAUGUAACUAGAAAUAUGAUCUACAGAAAAAAUCGAAGUUGAUCAUAAAGUGAAUUCGAUAUCACGGCGACGUAUUGAUAACAACGUGAAUAUCGCUCCAUUUUUAUUACGUGGGCCUAAAGGACCUGAGCUGUCUUGCAAAACUACCUGUUUAAUGAUAUAUAUCGUACCAUCGACGACAUAUAAAGAAAAGAAGCUACAGUGAAACGAAACUUUAUGUAGCGUAGACACGUCCUCUCUUCGUAUGUUCUCUCUAAACCAAAGAAGUAUAAAUAUAAAUAUAUGCAUAUGUACACACAAACACAGAAACACACUUAUAUAUAUGCGAAAAAAACGGAAAAAUUAACAGAAUUUAUCAAACCAUCACGAAGGAAGAAAAACCGACAAACUGCCAAAACGAUACACCAUCAUCAGCACCUCGAUAGUAGGCAUGCACACUUUGUAUUUAUAUAUCGACGUAGCUCAUUACGCAUUAACAAUUAUAAGAUAUCUACAGAAAUAGUCAUGGACAUCGACGGCGGAAUUUCCUUCGACCGCGAAACGUAAUCAAGUAUUCUACGCAUUUGAUGUAUUCAUGUUUAGCAGCUAUGUUAGUGAGUAGUGUCGAUAGGCAGCAUGUUCUAUCGAUGUGUCGACAGGUACCACUUAACGGUAUAUCGUGUAGAAAACAAGGAGGAAAGAAGAGAAAGGUACGUAGUAUAUAGAAGAUAAUAGUUUUCGUCAUUGAUGACCGCACGAUACAUUUUUCCGCAGUAGCGAGCAAAUUCCAUCGAUUUGCCCGCCUGCGAAUACGUGCAACGGAAACGCGCAAGCAAUUGAAAAUAGUGCCAACGCGCAAACCCAUCGUGUACUCGAUUCGAUCACCGCCUUUUGUCUUUCAGAGAAAUACGUCGCAGGAAACAGAGAACAAUAACUUCCCUUGCCCGUUUUUGGAUAUAAUACUUAUACAUUUAUAUGACUGACAAACGCACAUUUUUCAAUAAUUAUGAGGAGUAAAUCACCGGGACAAUAUUAAAAUAUAAACAAAAUAUUAGAUAAUAAAAAUAAAAUGAUGUAUUAAUAGACUGGUAAUACUUGGAUAUUACAAAACUAGUAGAUAGUGUAUACACAUUUUUGGAUCAUGAUUUACUCCUCACCGUCCUUUUUUUUAUACGCAUAAUUAUUAGCGAUAUAUCUAUCUGAAAGACAAGUUUACUAACAAGAAAAGAUUAUGAACUGUUCAUCACCUAUUUCGAUGAAACUUGGCAAGUGUCUCCUCUUGAAUGUAAUACUUGCUAUUAAAAGUAAGCUAUAUUUGAGAUAAAUGAGACUGAAGUUGACAUCGUUAGAUUUCAAUAAAUAAAAAAUAAGUGUGAAUGUAUCUUAUGCUGGAAAAGGGAGUAAUGACUUCGAGACUUGCUAAUUUUUUCUAAUCCCUGGAAAACGUAAAAGUAUUAAGAUUCAUUUUUUUCCGGACUCACUAAAGCUUUAGUUGAGCAAUAAGAUUCAUCACUUACAAGUGUAUUGCCGUGUUCGACCGUAUACAGCGGCCGACGAAAAAAAACCGUUGUGUAAUAUAAACUAUAUAAACGACCAGACUAUCAAAAUUAGUAAAUCAGAUGAAGUUAGCUCUAAUAAUAAAAAAAAAAGCAUUAAUUGAAAGAAAUGAUGAAUUAAAGUUUUUUUAAAUUCAGAUUUCUUAAGGACAUCAAUUUCACCAUUAUCUUACUCUUAUGUGCUAAUGAGAUGAUAUUUAUCAUGAUUAUUUACUUAAUAAAAAUGUUAUAGCGUGAAAAAUGAAAAAUAUUAGUUAUAGUCUAGUUUUCUGCUAUAUUACAUACUGUGAUUUUAUAAAGAAUGAAAGUAUUUUCUAUAAUUAUAUCAUUCCCUAAUAAUAAAUAAAUAUUAAAUUACAAAUAAAUACAUUUUUAUAUUACCUGUUUUCAUGUAUAGAUUAAAAUAUAAGAUAAAAAAUAUAAGAUAUUAUUUAUUACUAAAUAGAGUCUUUAAUGAAUGUCUUUAAUUCAACUCGUUAUUUGUUAUUAAAUUAGAAAAAGUUAGCAAAUAUUCAUUAUUUCGCCCAAUUUAUUAUCUGAUUCUUUUCCUCUACAUAUAUACAUAUAUAUUUAUUUAUAAGUAAUAUAUGCAUAUAUAAUAUAUAAGAUAUAUAUAAUAAUAAUUAUAUAUAUGAUAAAUUUGGCCUCAUUUAUCACGAAAAUAGUUUACUAUCUACCUUUAGAAAGAAGUAUCAUAUUCAUUAUAAAGAAAGGAACACUUUGCAUACAUUUGCCAAGUUUUAUUGGCAAAGAGAUAAGAAAUAGUUCAUAAAGCCUUUCCUUAUGAGAUCAAUAUUGAUCACUUUUGGUACCACGGUGGGUCUUUAGAAGACGUAAAAUGCAAAUAGCAAACAAAGAUUUUUGGACCAAGCAAAAACAAGCGAAAAUAUUUUGCUUGUUAUGGAUUACCGUUGAGAUAUAAGAGGCAGUGUCUCGUCACUAUGCUUUUUCACAGAGAAGAUAAACCUUGUGCUCGUUGGUACCGAUAGUGGCAUAAGAUUUAUGCUGUCGAUAUUAUAUAUGAUUUUUAGUAUAUGUGUACAUAUAUACAUUGUAUAUAUAGAUUUUACACGGACCACCGCGAAUCAGUUUCUUCCAUUGAUAUACCAAAGAGAUUGCGAGUGAUCUUUUUAUCAUUGUGAUUUGUAUAUUUGACGAUUACUAUAGCAUAAAUCAUAUUAUAUAUUGUUCUUUAGAAUAAUGUUAUUAAAAAUAAAAUUUCAUAAUUUAUAAGUUUCGUUGCGUAUAAUUAUAAUUAAUGCUAUAAUUAUUAUUAACAGUGCCGCUAUUUUUUUUUUAUCAAGUUCGCUAAUUUUGUAUGGACGUGGUGUUGUGUGUAAUUACAUAAUCGAAUGUAUUUAUCGCAUGUACGCCAAUCCUAUAAACGUGAGAGUUUCAUUUGCUUUACUCCAAUCAAAUUUGCAUAGCAAAUGCGUUUUGACACGUCGUCGGUUAACUCCACAAAGGUUCUGGUAAUAGUGCAAUUCGCUAAGGUGUAUUUAUAUUCUUUUGACUAGAGCUUUAGACAAAUAAAUGGAAUAUCGCAAAAAUGACAUUAUAUCAUAGCGUAAUUUAUGAACUUAUUAUUUCUGUAUAUUUUUUGUUAUUAUUCAUUGAACGAUGGCAAUAAAAUUUGAUUUUUUUUUGUUACAGCAUUGUUAUUUUAUGUGUAAUAAAGUCGACCGUUCUAAAAAUGCGGAUUACACAAUACGGAUUUUGACAACAGCGGUUUAAUUACAUGCGUAAAUGUGAGUCGCUGUAAACUGAUUCCGGUGGUAGCGUAUCCGCAGUUCUUUGUAUGGUAAAUAGAAAAAAAAUAUGUGUACAGUUGUCGAUAUUACCUUCGCUCCGGUCGCGAGCGCGAAUUUGUGCGCUUUUAAGGCCGUAGUUGGAUGCAUUUCGCGGAUCGUUACACGCGAAAUGCAACUGUUCCUGAUUUUCGCGCAAGCAGGGAUAUUAAAGCCGGGAGUUAAUAUUUCGGAGCACGAACUUCUGCAUACUUUUUAAUAUAUGAACUCUCUCUCUAUACGAGUCGAUCUCUAGUCCUGGAAAGUUAUUAAUUCCGAAAAAUGAUAUUCCCCCGGUAUUAAUCCGCGUACCUGCGCCAGUGAGGACUCGUGAAGCGAGACGAAUGUGUAGAGUAAUACGCGCACAAAGAUGCAGCUCGGUGAAAAGAGCAGCAUUCCUCGAGAUGGAUACAUGUUUUUGCGUGCGAAUGAGCGCUAAAUUUUUUUUGUCGUAUAAUGCGGCCAGCUGAAAACCGCAAUUCGCAACCGCGUAAUCGACGACGCAUUAUCGCGGAUGGGUUAAUUAUUAAUCAGCUUAGGUAAUUGCAAACAUACCUAUUCGCGCGUCUGGGGCGCUCUGUAUCGGGGCGCAUCGAAUUUCGAUCGAUAUAGGGAUUGAAAUCGGGUAUAAUAAUUUCGGUUGUGAGUUCAUAUUUUCACGUAAUUCCUGAUGCCGUCGACACUUUGGAAAGCCGCGGUGUCUCAUCGCUUCUCGCCUCUCAAUCCCAAGAAUAUAUCGAUCUUUUACACUUUUCAAAUAUAUAAAAUAUAGAUUAAAAGGCGGAGGAUUUAGCGCUUUUAAGAAUCAUAUUCCUAUCUUCAUUAAUGUAACGUACUUACUGUUCGUUUAGCUGAUUAGGUAUCUCGCAAACGUUUCCGUCGAUUCUAAUUCAGAUUGUGAUUACUCAUACGUAGAUUUACAAUUUCAAACUUCAUCGAAUGAUGAAGUCGGAGAUUCGAAAAGAUCUGCGCGCAGAUUCGCCUUGAACGCGACUGUUACUUUUGCAACGAGAUUGGACAGCGGGUGCAAAGUUAAAUAAUUUCACUGCCGAAAUAAAUUAUUAUAUUUACUCAUUGACGGUAAUCAGUCUUAAUAAUUCUUUCAGCUCUAUGUAAUAAUAAUUUAAUUAAUCAUAACAAUCAUAUUACUUUUACAUUGGUAUUUUCAAAAAGAGGUGUACUGUAUCGCUUGCGUAAAACAAAAAAGAUCUACCUGUCUGUAAUCACUUAAAUCGUUGCACGUAUGUACAUUGAAAUGACUUUCUAUUAGCGCCAUUCUCUAUUAUAGUGCUAAGCUAUACUCUGUAAAUUUCUGAUCUUCGAUAGAAAUUCUCGUUAAAAAGGUCAAGUGUGUUGCGGCGGCUUGUAUCUUCUAAGUACAUUCAAAAUUGCAUUAAAGGAGUGCCGAAAGACGGAUUAAAAUUUGAAACCCGCUCGAAAGUGUACGAAUAAUUGGGCCAGAAGAACGAAAUGUGAAAAAUGAAUCUUCACAUAUACGCAUACAUGUAGAGGUGUACAUAGCGAGAAUAAAUGUAAAAUAAGCGAACCAGAAGCGAUUUAAAAGUUGAAAUGUCACGGCGCGAAAUGCCGUGAUCGCUGGAACGGAAGGGUAGACGAAUCUGGUAUCGAAUGGUCACGCUUUUUCGAAUGUUGCGCGAAUGAGGCAUUCGAAAAAAAAAUUGGAUAUAACUCUGCUUUUUCUGUCUCAUACACGGCGAGUCCCAUAAAUAUUAGUUCAAGUUAACUGGAAUUUAAACGAUUUCUCUCUUUUUAGGCGCAGGAUCAAAAAGAGACGGGAGGGCCCAGUUAAGUCUCAGUUCUUUUAGCUCAAUUAUCUCAAUUAAAUCAUUUUCAUGGGAACAAUCCGCAUUGUAGUGCGCAAUCUGUCAACACGUGUGUAUACGGAGUGUUCGUCGAACCUCACGAGUAGUUAUAACGCUUGUAUGAAAGGGCUGAUAGAUAAUCGAUAGUUAUGUACGGAUAUAUAUCGGAUAUAUCUGUUAGAAGUAGAGGCAGCGAAAAUCACUUUCCUACGUUGCAUUCGCCACGCUGCGCGCCGUUGAAGGAAAUAAUAAAUUUUCCACGCGUCAUCCGUUUAUCGUUUACGCAAUAGCGUCCGGCAGCAUUUGGCGCAAUCAUCAUUUGCGAAUGGGGAUUUUGGCAAUAACGCGAGCGUAACUUUGCGCUAAAUACUUUAACAAAAAAAAAACUAUGUAAUUUUGCAAUCGCCGCUUAAUUGCAUUUAUGUCACUUGACGCUGAAGCGGUCGAUUCUUAGCGUAGUGGUGGCAGAUUUUUCUCUCGCCUGUUUAAUGAGCAUAAUUUGCUACCGUCUAAAAAAAACAGGACGAAAUUCUACACUUCUAUACCACGAGGAACAUCAUUAUCGUGAUGUCACAGUACGCUGCAGUUGAUAGAGGAAGGUGGAAACAUGUGAUGUGAUAAAAUAAGACUUUAUGAAAUAUCAAAACAUGAUUUCCAUUUUAUACAAACAUACGAUUUUUGGUACGUUUUUAUCUAAUACUAUAGGUAACUAUAAUUUGUACUUUUAUUACACAGAUAAAAUUUUUAAUGUUUAAUAUCACGUAAUUAAAUCACGACUACGCUACAUCACAUUCCUACCUUCCCCUUCAUAGGUAUUAAAGCGCUAACAAUGAUCGAUCUCGGAAUAUUCACGACUCUAAGAUGUGGCAGGGAAUAGUGGCUUGAUUGUUACCGUGUUCUGAAAGAUUCGCAGUGGAACAAUAAAGAGGAGGUUGUAUUCGCUAAUCGUAGGACCGUGCGAUAUGCGACGCCGACGCAAAGUCGUCGGUUCUCCUCGAUGUCGGUGCUCCUCGAUGUCGAGCCGGCGAAGUCGCAGACUCUCAGACACUGGCGGACAGGGGUGAAUAGAAUAUUCGUCGGGAAAACUUCGCGCUAUGAAUAUUUAUGUAUGCUUUACGAUCUCGCGCGCGCAUUCGAGAAGUCCGGCUGGUCGGCGACGAGUCGAGGACAUAGGAUUUGUGCGGUCGAGUGUAAGUACGUACUCGAAUAUAUAGAGACAGAGAGAGAGAGAGAGAGAGAGAGAGAGAGAGAGAGAGAGAGAGAGAGAGAGAGAGAGAGAGAGAGAGAGAGAGAGAGUGAGAAUAAGAACGAAAGAAAGAAAGAGAGUGUAUGUGUUGUAUGUGUGAGAGAGAACGAGAAAGAUAGAGAAGGAGAGAGAAAGACACACGGUCAGUGUCUUUUGAAAUCAAAAGGAACAAAUCCGUAAGGAACUGUUGCCGAGGAUGCCAUAUAAUAAAUGCGCUAUUUUAUAUCGAGCAGCCUGAUUAGAAGCAAACUGCCCUUUCCCUCUACGUUCUUGUACACAUUAUUGUUCAUGUUUACUAGAAUGAAAUAUAUAUAUGAGACAGAGAUUAUUCCCUGGAUAUCUAUAACGCCUUGAAGAAAAUAAAACAAAUACUUUGCGGGA